CAAAAUUAAAUAUUUUUCUGAAUUCAUUCACGUAGAGAUUGUUGAGUUAUAAAGAUGUUAAGGCGCGCCUUUCAAAAAACUUUGCUCCAAAGUAAUCAAAUUAACCAAAAGAAAAUUGUAAGAGCAAUUUUAACAUCGAAUGGAACUUUUCAUCAACAACCAUUAGCAAAUAAUAAGGAAGAUAUUAUUGUUUACUCUCCAUUUCCCUCACUUGACUAUCCAAAUGUAACAAUCGAGCAAUAUGUUUGGGCGGAUGUUGACAAAUGGAUUAACAAGACUGCAAUUGUUGAUGGAAUGAGUGAACGCUCAAUAACUUAUGGACAAUUGCGUGAUCAGACUAGAGCAUUAGCUGUUCGUUUGCAAAAAAAUUUUAAUUUGAAGAUAGGCGACACAAUUGCUGUUUGUCUUCCGAAUUCUAUUGAGUUCCCUACGAUAGUUUUGGCUGGAAAUGAAGCUGGUGUGACAGUUACAACAGUAAAUCCAAUUUAUACACCACACGAAAUAUCAAGACAAUUGAUUGACAGUGGAGCAACUGUCAUAUUCGGACUGGCAUGCAUGAGUCCAAUCCUUCAAAAAUCUGUUGAAAUGUCUAAAAAGUCUAUAAAAAUUAUAUACAUAAAAGAGACUCCAACAAGUGUAAUCCCAGCUGAUGGAAUUGAUUUCUGUGAAUUAAUUGAUACAAAAGGAAUUGAUUUGAAUGAUUUGAAAGUUUAUGAACGCGAUGUUAAAAAUGAUGUAGCUAUGCUACCUUAUUCAAGCGGAACGACCGGCUUAAGCAAAGGUGUAAAACUUUCAAACAAAAAUAUUGUUUCGAAUAGUGUUAUGAUAAAUUCAGACACUGGAAACGGCUCAAUCUCUAAACCAGCUUUCGGGGAUAGACAAGAUGUACUUCCGUGUGUUUUACCUUUCUUCCAUAUUUAUGGACUGACUUGUACUUUAUUGAGUAAACUUGCUCAUGGUUGCAAAAUAGUUGCAUUACCAAAAUUCACACCGGAAUCUUAUCUGAAUGCACUCGAAAAACAUCAGGCCACAGUAUUAUAUCUCGUUCCACCAAUAAUUCUUUUUCUUACGAAUUUCGAUAAAGUAACAUUAAAACACACACAAUCAAUCAAAUAUGUUAUGUCAGGAGCUGCACCAUUGGGCAAAUCUGAUGCUGAAAAAUUUUUGGAAAAGGCUCCAAAUGCUUCAUUUUUCCAAGGAUAUGGCUUAACAGAAGCAUCACCAGUAGUAUUACAAUCAUGCUUAGGCUCAAAGAAUGUAGGAAGUGUAGGGUUUCCCUCACCUGAUACUGAAGCUAAAAUCAUUCAUAUAAAUGAUCCUGAAUUCCGAGGAGUAGGACCUAAUGAACCGGGUGAACUUUUAGUUCGAGGCCCUCAAGUUAUGAUUGGAUAUCACAACAAUGUAAAAUCUACUCAAGAAACUUUAACAUCUGACGGCUGGCUAAGAACUGGAGACAUUGCUUAUUAUAAUGAUAAAAGAGAAUUUUUCAUAACCGAUCGAUUGAAGGAACUUAUUAAAGUUAAGGGAUUCCAAGUUCCUCCAGCUGAGCUUGAAGAAUUAUUAAGAAUGCAUCCAGAUAUUAUCGAUGCUGCAGUUAUCGGAAUUCCAAAUAAAAAUACUGGUGAACUUCCACGGGCUUACGUAGUUUCAAAGAAUCCAUCGUUGACUGAGCAGCAUGUUAAAGAUUAUGUUGCAGAUAAAGUUUCAGAAUAUAAACGAUUAGAAGGAGGAAUUGAGUUUAUUCAGACUGUUCCGAAAAAUGCAACUGGAAAGAUUAUGAGAAAGGAGUUAAAAGAACAGUUCCUAAAAUCAAAAUAAUUUUUAAAACUUUUCUUUUUAAACUAAUUUAAUUUGUAAGUGAUAUUAUAGCAUUUAAUAUAGUUCUUAAUAAUAUUUUUGGUGAUAGUCUCUUUACUAGAACCCAUAAGAAAUUUGCACUACCGGAAUAUAUUUUUUAUUGCUGAGUAUUUUUUAUUUACAAAAGAAAUGUUUUUUUAAUUCGAUUUCAUGAACACAUUUUUAAAAAAAAUUGAAAUGGUUAUUAAUGCUGUAGACUAACAAUAAAAAUUUUAGAUUUUUCAAUUAACUUUUCCUUUGUUCUUCAGGAGUCGUAGGAGGAGUAAUUGAAAAUGUUUGAUGUUGAACGAGUUCUUUAAAAACUCCUUGAGGUAGAUUCAUCAAAUAAUUGUAGCUUCCAAUUUCUUUAAUAGCACCGUCUUCAAGCACAGCGAUGUUAUCAGCAUUUCUGAUAGUACUUAAACGAUGAGCUAUCGUAAGAACAGUUCGUCCUUUUGUCAAGUUUUCAAGUGCUUUUUGAAUGAGCUCUUCGGAAACGGCAUCCAAAGCACUUGUGGCUUCAUCCAAUAUGAGAAUUUCGGGGUUCUGUUUAAAUGAAAUGUAUUGUUAUAAUUUAUUUCAAAAGCAUUAAAGUCAUCUAACCUUAAUAAGUGCUCUUGCUAUUG